UGUCCAUCUCUCUCUCUUGCCAUCCCGCUAAACUCUUUCUCUUCCGGCGAUCUCUACCGCCGGAAAACCCUUUGAACCAAAUAUGGCUGCCUACCUCGUCCAAAGUGUGAGAGAAAUGGUGUGGUUGGUCGACUCCAGAACCUCCGAGAAGCCGACCAACGACCUCCAGCAAGCUGAUCAUCCGAACGUCGGAUCGGCAAAGGCGGCCAAGUCUCACCGGAGACAUGUCGGACGGGACGAACAUGCUGCAGAAGAUUUGUUGGGCACAAGGAUGCAAAUUAAGAGAAAGAAAAGAACAGUGGCUGGUGUUGAUCAAGACGAGCUGUUGGACCCAUUAAUACUUGCCGACCCAGACAGCUGCUUCCAUGAGUUCAUGGGAGUCCACAUUCACCAUAAGAUCAGUACUGCAGAAGGCGAUGAAGAUGAGUUAAAGCCUGUGGAAGUCUCCAUUAGUCAGGAAUCAUCUCAUUCUCAUGCAGGAAAUGACAGACUCGGGCUGCCCAUGAUUCUUCUCCAUGGCUUUGCUGCAUCUCUGUUCUCAUGGCGCAAAGUGAUGAAGCCCCUUGCCAAUCUGGUUGGGUCCAGCGUUCUUGCUUUUGACAGACCUGCCUUUGGAUUGACAUCAAGAGUACUGGAAUACCCACUGAAUCCAAGCUCUGCAAUGGCUGCCUCCACUCAAUUGAAUCCUUACUCCACCGCCUUCUCUACUUCGGCCACACUUUCUUUCAUGGGCAUGUUAAUGGGAGACAAGGCAAUUUUAGUUGGGCAUUCAGCUGGAUGUGUUGUAGCAGUUGAUGCAUACUUUGAAGAACCUGAACGUGUCGCUGCAUUGAUCCUUGUAGCUCCUGCAAUUGUUGCACCUCUUCUUCUCCCAUCUAACUCCAACAAAGGAGAACUUUCUGAAAGAGAAGGCGACAUGGAAAAUCGAGGAUCUGUUUGGGACGACAAGGAACACAUGAUCUAUAGCGUUCUCAUAUUUCUACAGGCAGUGUGCUUUCGAGUCCAAGAAGCCGUAAUUUGGAUGAUCAAGAAAUCUAUAUAUUUGCUCUCCUGCUUCUGCAAGAACCUCCUUUCAGAAAUUCUGCGGUCUUACUUUGCUGUGCUUAUGGUCAGAUUCAUAUUUGACAGAUUUGGCUUAGCAAUAGUAAGGAAUUCAUGGUAUGAUGCAAGCCUAGCCACAGAGCAAGACAUUAAUGGUUAUACAAAACCAUUGAGAGCCAAGGAUUGGGACAGGGCUAUUUUGGAGUUUGUCAUAGCAUUGCUCUCUGAUAUUAAGCCUAAGGAACUGCCCUCAUGCAAGAGAAGUCUUUCUGAGAUUGCAUGUCCAGUGUUAAUUAUAACGGGAGAUCAUGACCACAUUGUUCCUGCAUGGAAUGCAAAGAGGCUCUCUCGAGCCAUACCCGGUUCGCACUUAAGAUUGAUCGAGAAUUGUGGCCACUUGCCCCAUGAAGAGAAGCCCCAAGAAUUUCUUUCAACUGUUGGGGAAUUUUUGUUAAACCUAAAAGAUGUAUGAUGAAAUUGAAGGUGUACAUAAAAGAAGAUUAGCAUGGGCCCCGGCCCACACAAGGAUGACAUAUACAAGCACAAAAAUUUGAGCUUAGAAAGGAGAUGAUGUAAAUGCAGCAAGUAUUGCAUGGUAGAACUUCAAGGCCUGCUGCAUGUGUGGACGUUCAUGAACUCCUAGUUGUUAGAAGGGGAAAAAAAAAAUGUCCACCAUAAUCUUAAUUCUUUUGAACAAAUAAUGAUGUAUUUGUGGCUAUAAUUAUUCAAGGAGAUUUUCUCCCC